AUGCGGGCUCCGAGAAUCGCCAUACUCGUUCUUUUUCUCGCCGCAACUCUCUUCAUCCUGUACCGUGCUUUGACGACCAGGCGAACAACGGUCGUCGCAUCGCCUCCGCCCCGCCCUCGAGCUGCAAAGUCUGUGUUGGGCUUCAUGUACUACAACACGCCCUUUUCUCUGUUUCCCCCAAACGCCGCGAUUAGCUUGACCGAUGACAACAGCACUUCGUUUGCCGCCCGCCCAGCCGCUUUCGGUCCCAAGCUGGACCCGCGGGGUCUGAGCGGGCAGCUUUGGGUCGGAAGCGGCUUCGGGGAGGACGGCAUGGAUACCGACGGAGAGCUUGGCUGCAGUGAUUUGCCUGGUUGGGGAAGCGCCAACACGAGGGCGGCCAUGAAGAAGUCGCUCAAAGCCGGCGCCGCCACGCCAUCAUCCGUCAAGUCCAAGCUGCCAAAGAAUGGAGGUGGUCCUGCCCACUCGGAUGGUCAGGGUCCCGCUUCCGAGGCCGGCAAGAUCCGGUCCAGCGACGCCAAGAAUGAUAAUACGGACGAUUACUUGACGCAGGCGCUCUCCGGAACUCUGUCCAGCCGCGGCACCUCGGGCAGUUCAUCCGCUCAUGCCGAUAUACAAUCCAUGCAAGAAGCCGCAGAGAUUCGAGGCAAGGUGGUCCUGCUCAAGCGCGGGGGAUGUGGAUUUCUGGAGAAAGUCAUGUGGGCGCAGCGCAGGGGAGCCAUCGCCGUCAUCGUCGGCGAUAAUCAAAAGGGCGGCCCGCUGAUUCAAAUGUUUGCGCACGGCGACCGGGUGGAAAACGUCACCAUCCCCUCCGUCUUCACGGCUCGGACCACCGCGCAGCUGCUCUCGUCGCUGACGCAUCCAGGGAGCUUCAUUGAGGAUACCAUUGAUGACAAUGGUAAGCCGGUUCUCAAGGUUCAGCAGACCGCUGCUGCGAUACACAAGACGCGCUCUCCCGACAAGCCCAUGAUGGCUGUUGCGCAGACUCCUUCUGCGUCGGAACCCAAGCGGGCCGUGGUUAAAGGGAAACGAACGACGAGCCAAGCCUCCAAGCUGGUUAACCGUUGGAGGCUAUUGACAUUUGUCUCCAAAGACACGUCUUCACGUCCCACCGAUUCGGAUAGCCGGCGGCAUCCGAGCAGCGGCCGUCUGGAUUGGGUGCUGGUUGAGGAUUGGAAUGAUGAAAAGGACAAGAUUCUCAGCGGCAGCAUCGGGGGAAACAUCAAGAAGCCAAAAUCUGACGUGGACGGCUUUGUCAUUGGCGUCCACGACUGGCGGGACCCCGACCUCGUGGGUAAAGCAGGACUAAGAAGCACAAGCAAUCUCAUGGCCGGCAACAAGGCUGGGUCAAAGAAGGGCGGGGCAGAGACGGACAAGUCGGAUGCGAAUUCCCAGGGCGAUGAGCCAGGCUCCAAGCAUCACGGCCUCCUCUCCACGCUGUUCGGCGGCGGAAGCUCGAGACCUGCGCCGGGGUCCACGGCAGCAUUGGUGGACGACGUUGAGUUUAUUACAGCGCCACCACCCCCGGCGGGGCCGCAGCCGCCUCAUGAAGGACUUUGGGUCACCAUCACACCGACCAGCAGCGCCAGCCCCUUCUUCGACACGCUGCUUGUGCUGGUCAUCAGCCCUUUGGUCACGCUGACGGUGGUCUACGCUCUGUUGAUUCUGCGAGCUAGAAUUCGCCGGCGGCGGUGGAGAGCGCCAAAAUCGGUCGUUGAUCAGCUGCCCGUCAGGACCUACCACACCGUCGCCACGUCGAGUUCCAAUUUGUCGUCGCGGUUGCCUUCGCCAUCAGCAGCAACACCUACCACGCCCUUGCUGCAGCACAGCGCCUCCCGAUCCCGCCCCCGCUCCAGGACGACGACUGGUGUGAUGGAGAACCCAAACCUCUUCACCCCAAGCAGCGCCUUGCCCACAUCCGUGGAGCCUUCUCGCACUAGCCGCCGGCCCGAGGCGGAAAAGGGAGCUGGCGGCUUCUCUGCUGAGUGGAGGAAGUAUAUGGGUCGACAAGUUGAGUGUGUUGUAUGCCUGGAGGAAUACGUCGAUGGAGUCAGCAGGGUAAUGAGCCUACCAUGUGGCCACGAAUUCCAUGCAGAUUGCAUCACACCUUGGCUUACAACUCGCCGCCGCACGUGCCCAAUCUGUAAAGGAGACGUGGUUCGAUCGUUGCAGCGUGGUGGAGGAAACUUGCCUCGGUAUGAGCCAUAUCGAGAGGAAAGUGACGACAACGAGGACGACGACGACGACGAAGACGACGACAAUGCGGUACAGGGGUCUGGUUCUGGUUCUGGUUCUAACCCUGCCGUUGGCUUUGGCUCGGCGGACAGAAAUUCAGACUUGGAGCGGGGCAUUAUGGCGUCAGCAGCAAGGGAUGCACCACACUCUUCUUCGAGGAGAGAGGCCAACUGGUUCGGGGUUUUAUCGAGCAGCUUCAAUGGCAGAGCUCUGCCGGAACGACGGUCGCCCCCGCCAGAGCACCGAAGCCGCUGA